AUGCUCUCAUACCGUGCUCGAGCAACAUCGAUCAUACCUGACCAAUACAUUGUCGUUUUCGGAAAAAAUUUGACCGAUAACCAAAUUUCUGAUCAUUACGAUGACGUUGAUAAUAUGCUGUCAAAUGAUGAAGACAACCUGAAAACAAGAACCGCAGACAGCCCUACUUAUGGAAUUAAUAACAAAUACAAAAUUGGGAGUUUUCAGGGAUAUUCUGGUACAUUCUCAAAAUCAUGUAUAGAUAAAAUUAAGCAGAGAAGUGAUGUUGCAUAUGUCGAACAAAAUCAAAAAGUUUAUGCAAGCGAAAUACAAGCCAAUGCUCAACCAAACUUAGUUCGCAUAUCGCAUAAAAACGUAACUGGACAAACCACAUAUGAGUUCGAUCCGAUUGCUGGAAAGGAUGUCAAUAUAUAUAUAAUCGACACUGGAAUCUUGGUUAGCCACAGCGAGUUUGGUGGCCGUGCUCGAGUGGGUGUGACGGUUCCUGAUGCAGAAGAUACAGAUAAGGCGGGACAUGGAUCUCAUGUUGCCGCUACUGCUGCUGGAAACAAGUUUGGCGUUGCUAAAAAAUCUAAUCUUAUCGCUGUUAAAGUUCUUGGGGAUGAUGGUUCUGGUUCCAAUACCGAUGUUAUCACCGGGGUACAAUUCGCUUUAGAUGAUCACAAAAAAAAUCUCGAGAAUUCUCAAAAAACGGGAAAGCCGUUUAAAGGAUCAGUCGCUAAUUUAAGUUUGGGAGGAGGUAAAAGUGCUGCUGUUGAUGCUGCUGUAAAUUCGGCUGUUGAUGGCGGAAUGGUUGUAGUUGUAGCUGCAGGGAAUGACGAUGUUGAUGCCUGUACUCAAUCACCUUCUGGUGCUUCGAAAGUAAUUUCAGUUGCUGCCAUAGACGGUAAAGAUACCCGUGCUGAUUUCUCUAAUUUCGGUAAAUGCGUGAAGAUGUUCGCUCCCGGCGUAAACAUUUUGUCAGCUGGCAUUAAGUCAAACACUGACACGGCCAUUCUUUCUGGCACUUCCAUGGCAAGUCCCCACGUAGCUGGUCUUGCAGCAUACUUUCUUUCUCUGAGUGACACUCCCUUGACAACACAGGAACUAAGUGAUAAAAUUUUUUCCGUUGCUAUACCUGGUGUCGUCAAGGAUGUAAAAGGAAGCCCCAAUGUUUUGGCGUUUAAUGAUAACCAGGAUUAA